AUGACGGCCGAGAGCGGGCCGCCGCCGCCACCGCAGCAGGAGGCACUGGCUGCGGUGAAGGAAGAGCAAGGUGAGGCGGGCGCCGGGGUCCCGGCGGAGGCAGCUGCCCGCGGCGCAGGCGGACGGCGGCGGAAGCGCCCUCUGCAGCGCGGGAAGCCGCCCUACAGCUACAUUGCGCUCAUUGCCAUGGCCAUCGCGCACGCGCCGGAACGCCGCCUCACGCUGGGCGGCAUCUACAAGUUCAUCACGGAGCGUUUCCCCUUCUACCGCGACAAUCCCAAAAAGUGGCAAAACAGUAUCCGCCACAACCUCACGCUCAACGACUGCUUCCUCAAGAUCCCGCGCGAGGCCGGCCGCCCCGGCAAGGGCAACUACUGGGCGCUCGACCCCAAUGCCGAGGACAUGUUCGAGAGCGGCAGCUUCCUGCGCCGCCGCAAGCGCUUCAAACGCUCGGACCUGUCCACUUACCCGGCCUACAUGCACCCCGCUGGGUGCGCGGGGACCCGACCUGCCAACCCCUCUGCCUAUGCGGCCGCCUAUGCGGGCCCCGACGGCGCGUACUCUCAAGGGGCCAGCAGCGCCCUCUUCGCAGCAGCUGGCCGGUUGACGGGGCCUGCCUCGCCCCCCGCGGGUGGCAGCAGUGGCGGCGUUGAGACCACAGUGGACUUCUAUGGGCGCACAUCGCCGGGCCAGUUCGGAGCGCUGGGGCCCUGCUACAAUCCUGGUGGGCAGCUCGGAGGGGGCAGUGCAGGCGCCUACCAUGCUCGACAUACGGCUGCCUAUCCAGGUGGAGUAGAUCGUUUCGUGUCCGCCAUGUGAGACAGCCGAGCAUAAGGUCGAAAAUUCAUGGAUGCCUUGGCUAUUUAUACGAAAUAUCUCCGAGACUUGAGGACAGGGCUGGAGAUAGGACCUAAUUGAAAGCCACAUGGCAGGGACCGAGCGGGCAGGAGAGAUGCAGCCUUCGGGUGCACUGCGUACACACCUUGUUUGCUUUAUAAAUGGGAGGAAAUGGGGAGAGGAAGCCGUGGCCCACGCACUGGAACAAAGGACCCUCGGUGAGUCGAAGCUCCCCAAAAGAUAGGCCUUUCUGACAGUCUACCUGGAAGAGCCCUUGGUAAUAAAGGGGGCGCAGCGUAGUAUCGACACCAGACUCUAGGAUCCGAAUUGUGAGGAAUCACAGAAUUCUUACUGUGCUACGCGAAACUCGGGCCAUUUUACACGGUUUGACCUCUUGUGCCUUUGACUAUGUUACUACAAUAAA